UGCUGAGGCUGGACUAUGCUGGUAUCGCUGCCCUGAUAUCAACUUCAUUUUACCCUCCUGUCUAUUAUUCCUUCAUGUGUUACCCCUUCUUUUGGAAUUUGUACCUGGGAUUUAUUACCCUCCUGGGAAUUGGUACAAUAUUGGGUUCCCUCCUUCCUGUGUUCCAGACCCCAGAAUAUCGAACCAUUCGAGCAUCUCUAUUCUUUGGUAUGGGAUUGUCAGGUGCGGUACCUAUUCUGCACAAACUGGUUCUAUUUUGGCACCAACCCGAGGUGCUUCACACAACUGGAUAUGAACUUUUGAUGGGUAUAUUUUAUGGCAUUGGAGCACUAGUAUAUGCCAUGAGAGUUCCAGAAAGAUGGAUGCCCGGGAAGUUUGACAUUGCUGGCCACAGCCACCACCUAUUUCAUGUACUUGUGGUGGCAGGGGCUUUUACUCAUUACCGUGCUGGGGUGGUUUAUCUCCGGUGGCGGGACCAGCAAGGGUGCUAGAACAAUUCAAGAACUAAAAAAUCAGUGAGAAUCCUUAGUAAUGCAUUAGGUCCACCACUGUCCUCCUCCACUCCAAAAUUAAUACCGAACCACCACUAAAAACCAUUAAUACAUGAAGCAUUUGGAGUUCAGAUCUGAAGAGCUAGAACCUCAAGGUUUUUUCCGAGUUUGGAGAUGGAGAUGGUAGUAAU